AUGUCUGGCGCUCAGAGCAAGCUGGGCUCUUCACGGGCUGGUCUGGAUAGAGCAUGCGUUCCCUGCCGAGCACUUCAAGGUGUUGCUAUCAUCGUGCGCGGGUCAGGUGUGAUUGGAGUCGGCGGACAGCCGCCAUGCGGUAUCCACAAUUCCAACGUACACGCAUGUACCUUUUUCUGGAUUAGGAACGCGGCGGCGCCACCCCAAAAAAGUUGGGCCGGCUGGCACAAAAGUCCACAUUACCCGAGGGUAUACGUAGCGCAGUUUUGCCCGCACCUGAUUUAUCCUUGUCUCCUGUCUGUUGCCGAGCGCGCCACGCGCCUUUCCUGCGACUGCUCCUCCCACGCCACCAACCUGCCCACUCCCGACAACCUCUUCUCUAACCUUCCUCUCCAGCAAGCUUCCAGCAAGCCAUCCGGCGCGCAUCCGCCCCCGCGACGCCGUCGCAUCAAUCGCCCCCGUCGGCCGCGAACACCAAGCAUACGCGCCCAUACAACGAAGCCAAACCCAUAUCCUGCUGCCCAAGCAAGGCGUCCUCGCCCGCCCGCAUCCGGCGUUCCGACACGCGCGGUUUGGGGACACCACCCGCCACACAGCUACCAGCAUACCCCCAGCUUCUUUACCCGGCAGCUCGCUCGCCCGCGCAGACUCUACCCCCCGCCGGAGCAGCCUCCCCGCUUUCGGGCACCGCGACGCGCGCGCCGAUCCAGCCGGGGGUCGACUCUCCAGCCGCGCGCAGCUCCCCGGACAAGCCCACCCCUCUUUCCCGCCAUGACGUCCUCCUCUAAGAAGCGGUCACGCAGCGAGGCCGACAAGUCGCGCGCCGAGUGCCCCUUCUCCAUCAAGCUCGUCGAUCCCAAGGAGGAGCAAAAGUCCAAAAGGCGGCGCAAGCCGGCCGAGGAUGACGAGACCAAGAAGACCCUGACCCAACCGUCGCCCUUUGCGCCGACGGGUAAGUUCAAGACGUACGACACCAUGGACGGGCAUUACCAGGUCGAGCCGGCAAAAAAGUGGGCGGAUAUGACGCCGUAUAACAGCUUUGUUCUAAACGGCGCCAAGUAUUUUAGCGGAAACUUCAUCUAUGUGGCCAACGACUCGUCCCUCGAUCGGCAAAAGGCGCCGCGUAAUAAGGAAGGCGGCCUGAAGAAGUCAGAUGAAGAUUGGGUCGCGAGGAUCCUCGAGAUCCGGGCCAGUGACGAGCACCACGUCUACGCCAGGGUUUACUGGAUGUACUGGCCCGACGAGCUACCACCACACACAUUGGACGGGAAGAAGAUGCCGCAGGGUCGCCAGCCAUACCACGGCCAGAUGGAAUUAGUCGCCUCAAACCAUAUGGACAUGAUCAGUGUAGUCAGUGUUACUUCUCAAGCACAUGUGAACCAGAUGAUCGAAGAUAACGACGACGACAUCCAGAGCAGUCUCUACUGGCGGCAAGCUUUCGACGUGAGGACAGCCGAGCUAUCAUCAGUCGAGCUCGUUUGCAGAUGCGGCCAGCCAGCAAAUCCUGAUAAGACCCUUAUAGGAUGUUCCAACACGAAAGGGGGCUGUGGAAAGUGGCUUCACUCCGACUGCCUGAUACACGACGCGCUCAUUAGGGUUUACGAAAGGCUGGGCGAAACUAAGCCACACAUAACGCAGCCCACGCUCAAAGACGGAAAGGGCGGCGACGAGGCCAAGCGCCCGCUGAGCCCCAAGGAGUCGGGCGGAGCAGUGUCGGCCCAGCAGUCCAUCGACGUCAAGUCGAACGGUGUCGAUGUCAAGGAUAUCAAGCCUAAUAGUGAGUCUGCUAGACUGGCGGAAUCGCCAACCGCACCGCCGACCUCGACGGAGCCCGAGGCGAAGUCGAUAAAAAAGUCGACCUCGACCGAGCCGUCAUGGGAUACGGCCAGCAGGACCGGACGCAAGGGCAAGUUCAAGAAAAAGAGGGAGCCUUACGAGUGGCUCUUCCACGCCAAGACCGUCAUGACCCUGACGCCGCCCCUGAUGGAGAUCACGGACCUCCGAAAGGGCAUCGAGGGCGGCGACAAGACGUGGAUGGAGCCAAUGCCGUGUCCGAUCUGCCAUGUGCAGAUCGUAUAGCCGUCUCGGGCGCCUCACGUGGGCCGGCAACACGUGCCCGGGCAGCAUUUGCCCGAAUCACUGCUGCCUCCCUCUUUACCUCCUUGUGCUUUCACCCCCCUGUUUAUGGCGCCCGGCGCUCACACAAAAACUCUGGUCUCGAGCCAGGCCCCGCUGAGAUCUGGCACCAUUGCCAACCGACCCACAAUAGAAAUGCACGUUGCGGUUGCCAGCCAAUGCGUCCGUCUGCCUAUUGGACCUGCCGGCUAGCGUUUGCCAACUGGCCAUCCGACGACGAGUCUGACCCCAGGCCACAGAGCCGGGUCGCCCGUGCUCUGAUGCUUGCUGGCACCCUGAGCUCCUGCCAUGCUCGGUGUGAUGGCUAGCAGAGAGCCUCAACAGCGGACAUGCUUGGAGCCCAAAAGAAAGCCGAGCUUAUGGUCGCUGGCUCUUGAUCCGAGCUGCCACCGGACGCAGGUCCGGAGCUGUGUUGUAGAGACCACACCCACAAAAGUCUCGACUCACGCAGGCGGCGCGGUGUAAAACCUCGUUGCUACCUGUCCCCAGACUACCCAAAAUUUUUGGGCCAUCUCGGGCGCGCUGUGAUGUCCAGGCAGACAACAUAUUGACGGGUCUUUUUGUUUUAUUCUCUCGAUGUCCACUUGUCACACUAUCCUCUUGUCCAACAUCUGUUUUUGAUAGGUAGCAUGUUUGCACCGGUAUUGCUUGGAUCAAGGGGAAAGAUCGGCAGAUCUGGUAAUGAGACUUUCUGUCUUUUGGGGUGUUGCUGGUCGCAAAAGCACCUUAUUCGUUCUUUUUUAGCCACUUUGCGAUGAGCCCAUCCUCCGUAGUUCAGCCAGAUGUUACGGCGUGGCGUGCCCUCCGUGCACUUGUAGCCUUGUCUCUCGUGUGCGUUGGGUGUAUGAGACCCCUAU